UGCCCAAGGACCCUGCAAUUCAGCCUUCCCACGCAGAGACACCAGGGAGCCCCAGCCAAUUGCUCUUGACUCCUCAGCUAGCUGCGUACCGCCAGCGGCUUAUGGGACACUGUCCUGCCCACCUCUGCUAAGAUGCUCCUGGCCUCUCCCUCCGCCCCGUCCAGGGGACGGACCCCCAGCGCCGUGGAGAGGCUGGAGGCCGACAAAGCCAAGUACGUCAAGACGCACCAGGUGAUAGCGCGGAGACAGGAGCCAGCCCUGAGAGGGGGUCCUGGUCCGCUCACCCCACAUCCCUGCAAUGAGCUGGGGCCGCCUGCAUCGCCCAGGACGCCCGGGCCCGCCCGCCGGGGCAGUGGCAGGCGACUGCCGAGGCCUGACUCCCUCAUCUUCUACCGCCAGAAGCGGGACUGCAAGGCUUCCGUGAACAAAGAAAACGCCAAGGGCCAGGGGCUGGUGCGGCGCCUCUUCCUGGGCGCCCCCCGGGACGCCGCCCCCAGCAGCCCAGGCCCCACAGAGCGACCCGCGGCGGCUCCCGGGGGUUGGGCCUCUCCCCAAGAUGCCCCGGAAGCGGCGGGAAAGCGGGCGCUGUGCCCCACGUGCUCGCUGCCCCUGUCGGAGAAGGAGCGCUUCUUCAACUACUGCGGCCUGGAGCGCGCGCUGGUGGAGGUGCUGGGCGCCGAGCGCUUCUCUCCGCAGAGCUGGGGCGCCGACGCCAGCCCCCAGACUGCAGCGUCGCCGCCGCCCGGCUCCGGGGACGCCAGCGACUGGACGUCCAGCGACCCGGACGCGGACCGCGCGGGCGGCGGCGGCGGCGGGGGCGGCUCGGCGGCGGCGGGCUCGGCGCGGGACGGGCGCCCCCAGGUGUCGGUGGUGGAGCGCAACGCGCGCGUCAUCCAGUGGCUGUACGGCUGCCAGCGCGCCCGCGGCCCGCCGCGCGAGUCCGACGUGUGACCGCGGCCGCUCGGGGGCCGGAUCCCGGACGGUCCGGGACGCGGGGCUGCGCUCGGGGGGACCGGCAGGGACGCCCCGCCUCUGACGCGCACGGCGCCCUCGGCUUCUCCCUCGGAACCUUGGCGAGAUGGGACACGAUGACCCCGAAGGCUCUUCCCAGCGCAGGCGGCGGAGGGGAAGGGAGCGGCCUGGUGGCCCCUGUGGAGGCCCUGUCUGGGGAGUG